UGUGAGAGAUACUCUUGGUCUCCUAUUACCAUGUCCUUUAGUCCCUCAAUUCACUGCGUUUGCACGCAAUAUUUGGCAUACAAAACAAAUAAACAAACCGCAACCAACGUGCUUGUUGGACUUUUCUAGACUACAUUACUUCAUAUUUCUCAAAGUUAGUGAUCAGCCUAGAUCUACUGAUCUCUAUUUCUCCACUCCUUCUUCAUUCUGUUUCUAAAGAAUUAAGAUCAACAAUGUCAUCGACACAUCAUGCCAAGACUGAUUCGGAGGUGACGAGCUUAGCCCCGUCAUCUCCGAAUCGGCCCGUUUACUACGUCCAGAGCCCGUCAAGAGACUCUCAUGAUGGUGAAAAGACCACGAAUUCGUUCCACUCCACUCCCAUACUAAGCCCAAUGGGCUCACCGGGCCGACAAUCCCGUGACUCAUCUUCCACUAGGUAUUCGGGCUCACUCAAGCCCAGUUCGCAGAAAUCCAGCAAUGGGUCGAGAAGCAACAGUGGGAGACACCACCAUAAUCGUCAUCGCAAGGGAGAUAAGCAACAAUGGAAAGAAUUUGAUGCUAUAGAAGAAGAAGGACUUCUUGAUGACGAUGCAUAUGGCAAAGGUUUCCCUCGACGAUGUUAUUUCUUGGCUUUUGUUGUUGGCUUCUUUUUGCUCUUCACUUUCUUUUCUUUGAUCCUGUGGGGUGCUAGCAGAAAUCAGAAACCUGUCGUCACCAUGAAGAGUAUAUCAUUUAAUGAAUUUGGGGUUCAAGCGGGCAUGGACUUCUCGGGAGUUGCAACAGAGAUGGUAUCAAUGAACUCCACAGUGAAGCUCAGAUUUCGUAAUACAGGCACAUUCUUUGGGGUGCAUGUAACUUCUACCCCUCUCGUUCUCGCCUUUUCAGAGCUCACUGUAGCCACUGGCACUGUAAAAAGGUUUUACCAACGAAGAAAAAGUCAAAGAACAGUAGCGGUGACAUUGAUAGGAAGUAAAAUUCCAUUGUAUGGAGGAGGAGUCGACUUGUUGAGCAAGGAGGGGAAACCAAUAGCACCAGUGUCGUUGACCCUAGAUUUCAUGGUUCGAGCCAGGGCUUAUGUUUUGGGAAGAGUGGUCAAGCCCAAGUUCUACAAAAGGGUUCAAUGCAACGUUGUAAUGGAUCCUAAGAAAAUGAACGUUCCAAUUUCGUUGAAGAAAUCCUGCACCUACGUAUAAAAUAAUUAUUCAAGAAACAGACCCACAAGACGCCGAGUAACAAAGAGACAAACAACUUCACAACAUAGGCAAGUGCUGCUUCGUUAAAGAUCCAAGUUUUGUUACUUUUCAAAUGUUAAAUUAUAGAGGAAAAUGAGGUGUGGCUGCCAGGUUUGUCGCAGAUGGGGAGUAGCUGUCUGGCUUGUUGUAUUGAGUGAAUUAAAUACCCGUUGAGGAAAACAUGAACUCUAGAAACCGAUGUAUUUAUAUAUAUUUUUAAUUCCAUGUUUUGGUUCAUUCA